AGUGAGUUGCGUAAGACUGGUUUGCUUUGUCCGCUGUGCGAAACCCAUACGGAAUUUCUCAAAGAAAAUAAACGUUUAAAAGAAAAAUUUGAAGCUGAACUUCGAAAAAAAGGUUAUAUGGUUGAGAAUGAACCUAAUCCCGACAUUAUUGAUUUAAUUUAUUCCGACAACGAUAAAGAUACAAUCGCUUAUCAUAGAGAAACUCCCGAAUUCAAAAUUUACACUCGUUUCAAAUACCGUACAGAAAAGAGUGUUGGGUUUGAUACUAUAGAGCGAGUAUACUUUGUCCUUAACGAAUAUUAUGAUGACCGUUAUGGGUUCAUUAUUACAACCACUAGAUUUUCUACAAAUGCCGUAAAAACGCUUGAGAAAAUCAAGCAUGCAGAUAUAACUUUAUGUAAUGGUGAGGAAGAUGCGAUUAAUGAAAUUGAAAAAAAACGGCAAGAAUUUAUUAG